UCUGCCUGACUGGAGGAUUCUGGAGGGAGCGCACGGCUGGGACAACGCACGCUCCUAUUUUGUGUUUUUUCACCUUUCUUAUCGUCUUGUCAUUCAACUUGGAAAGGCGGCCAAUGGUUGUUUAGCCUUGCUACACCGCGUGUAUCCACCUCAGCAUCGGAUUUGGCUUAAUUUCUCCGCUUCUUGACUGGGUUUACCGGGGCUGAUUCUAGCCAACCUGGGCCGGGCCGUGGGGCUAUUCCGCGAGCCUUACAGCUGAAGUUGGCACCGAAGAUGAACGCCUUGAGACCCGGGAGCUGGGUUCUCUCCUCACUAGGGAGAUGGUCUGGGUCGUGGCGAUACUUUUGGUGGUGGGUUGUAGCAGUCGGGGUGACAGUGGGCUCUGGAGAUCCGUGGAUGUCCGCGGAGGCUUGUCCAUCGUCUUGCUCCUGCAGCAGCACCAGGAUCUCUUGCGUGGACCCGGAGCGGGGUAUCAGUAGUUUCCCCGUCCUGCAGAGCGAGGCGGAGAUGGAGAACAUCACCGAUAUUUACAUUGCAAACCAGAGCAGCUUCUCCUUCAUCAAUGACAAAGACCUGAACUACUACAAGAACCUCAGGAACCUAACGGUGACCAACAGCAGGCUAACACACGUAUCAAAGCUGGCCUUUGAGAGCAACAUUAAGCUACAAUACCUGAAUUUUAAAGAUAACAACCUGUCAUCCCUGUCCUGGCAGAUAUUCAAACACCUCAACAUCUCAUAUCUGAUCCUGUCAGGGAACCCUCUACACUGCUCCUGUAUGAACAUGUGGAUCAAGCUGUUGUUAGGAGAGGAAGCAGACACUCAGGAGCUGCGCUGCAUUGAGGAUGGAGGAGCACGUAAGCUGUUGUCGCAGCUGAUGCUGCCUAACUGUGAGGUUCCUAUGGCAACGUUGAGCCCAACCAAAAUGACUGCAAAGGAAGGGGAGGACAUGGAGCUGUCUUGUACAACCUCUGGUGUGCCUUCGCCUGAGCUGAACUGGAAAAUGGUUCUGGUCACUACCAAUGAGAUUGCGACAUCAGGCCAAACUUCAGUGUUGCGGCUGUACAACUUGUCAUCAUUGGAUCACAACAAAAAGAUCAGCUGCAUUGCUGAAAACAUUGUAGGAGAGAAGGAGUCUUCUCUGCAGCUGGAUAUACUAUUUUCACCAAAAAUCACGAAGUUGAGCGAUGCAAUCUCGGACCAUCACUGGUGCAUCCCCUUCAGCGUAGAAGGAAACCCAGCGCCAGUUUUUCAGUGGUAUCACAAUGGUAGAGAGGUUACAGAGGGGGAAUACAUCAUGACCAUGAUCCACGACUACACUGACAGAGAAUUUCAUGGCUGCCUGCAACUGGACAGCCCCACACACGUCAACAAUGGGCGGUACACACUUGUGGUUAAAAAUGAAUAUGGGUCUGAUCAAAAGGACGUGGACGCUCACUUCAUGCACAAACCCUGGGACGAUGCAGAAGGAACUGACUCCACCUAUUAUGUUGCUGAGGAGCUAGUUACAGCAUCAGACACUCCUCCUGUGAACCCUCCUGAGGAUGGGGUUGCUGUGUACGUAGUGGUGGGCAUCGCAGCUGUGGCCUUCACUGGUUUCCUUCUUAUGCUGGUUAUUCUUAAGUUUGGAGGAAACUCCAAGUUUGGCAUCAAAGGACCAUCUUCAGUGAUCAGCAAUGAUGAUGACUCAGCUUCUCCUCUUCACCAUGUCUCCAACGGCAGCAACACUCCCUCCUCCUCAGAGAUGGGCCCUGAUGCAGUCAUCAUUGGCAUGACCAAGAUCCCGGUGAUAGAAAACCCUCAGUAUUUCAGGAGCACCAACAGCCUGCUCAAGACUGACACAUUUGUCCAGCAUAUAAAGAGACACAACAUCGUGCUGAAGAGAGAGCUGGGGGAAGGAGCCUUUGGAAAAGUCUUCCUGGCUGAGUGUUACAACCUCUCACCUGACCAGGAGAAGAUACUGGUGGCUGUCAAGACGCUCAAAGAAGCCAGUGAAAAUGCUAGGAAGGAUUUCCACCGAGAAGCAGAGCUGCUGACCAACCUGCAGCAUGAACACAUCGUCACUUUCUAUGGAGUCUGCGUGGAGAGUGACCCUCUCAUCAUGGUUUUUGAGUACAUGAAGCACGGAGACCUGAACAAGUUCCUCAGGGCUCAUGGUCCAGAUGCAGUUCUGAUGGCAGAAGGCCAGACCACCAGACCUGUGGAGCUGACCCAGUCUCAGAUGCUGCACAUCGCCCAACAGAUUGCGUCUGGCAUGGUUUACCUGGCAUCACAACACUUUGUGCACCGCGACCUGGCCACCAGGAACUGCCUGGUGGGAGAGAACCUGCUGGUAAAGAUUGGAGACUUCGGCAUGUCCAGAGAUGUCUACAGCACUGACUACUACAGGGUAGGUGUGGGGGGUCACACCAUGCUGCCCAUCCGCUGGAUGCCGCCUGAAAGCAUCAUGUACAGGAAGUUUACAACAGAAAGUGAUGUUUGGAGUCUAGGAGUUGUCCUCUGGGAGAUCUUCACCUAUGGAAAACAGCCUUGGUAUCAGCUCUCUAACAAUGAGGUCAUAGAGUGUAUAACUCAAGGAAGGGUGCUGCAGCGCCCUAGGACCUGCCCUAAAGAAGUGUAUGACCUUAUGCUGGGAUGCUGGCAGAGAGAGCCACACAUGAGACUCAACAUUAAAGAAAUCCAUGGUCUGCUCCUCAGUCUGGCCAAAGCCUCACCUGUAUACCUGGAUAUACUGGGCUAAACACAGGAGUAGGACAAAGAAGAGUUUUAAAUGUGUGUGUGUUCGAUGAAUGUGUGCAUUAAGGUUGGGAUAUAUCUGAGUGUGUAUGAGUAUUGCAUGCACGUGUGUGUGAGAUGGGCUGGGUGUUGUGACACUUCUGAUUGAAGUGUGUGAUGCUCGUGGUGGUGUGUGUGUGAGGAAGGUGCUGCUGUACAGGAUGUGAUGCUCUCUUCAAGGCAAUUGAAAAAUUCUUGAACAUAUCCCUUCCCUCCCAGCCAAUUUCCUCUCCUUUGUGCAUUCCAACUCCUUCCCUACCUUACAGAAGACAUUUAAGAAGAGUAAUUUACCUUCAGAGGGGAAAAAACAAGCUUCUUGUUUCUUUUAAAAUGCUUUAAACUCCUUGAAGCUAAAUUGAUUAAAACCUGAAUAUAAAUUAAAUAACUCAUCCCUCGCUGCCUGUUGGACAGCAGGACUCGCUUGAACAUGUGCAGAGCUUAAGGAGGGGCAGCGAGGGCAGGAUUUCCAGAAACGCCAACCUGAUGUAUGUAAAUAUGAGACUGAUGGGACAUUUCAGAGAAAAUGGCUCUGGGAGAUGUGGAGCCACGAAGACACUGUGUUUUUCCCUUUUAUCCUGUCAGUUUUUCUGUCUGUCUGUCUGUCUGUCUGCCUUGUGUCUGUCUCAGAGCUCUACAUGAGCUUUCCUCAUCCAGGCUACACAGGUGAUGAUAAAGACACUGGUGCACAUAUGGUAAAACAAUGAAGGCCAGAAAGGAGGAGAGAGGGAGGUGGGGAUGGGAAGCUAUUUGCUUCCCACCAUGAUAGACAAUUUUAGGAGGUACAAUGAAAAGAUGAAAAGAUCAUUUCUGGUUGGCAAAUUUUUCUGGAACAAAACAAAAUAAAAACAAUCAGUGACAACACAGCACCAACUAAAGCUUAACUCCAGUGGUGAGAAAAUAAUUCAGCCAUGUAGGCUGAGCUACUUUCUUAGAUGACUUUGUGAGUGUGUUGUGUCUGCAUUCUGUAUUUUAUCACUUUUUUGUGCUGCAUAUUAUUUUACUCAGGCUGGACUGCACUGUCACACAGCACAUGGUAAUGCAAGGAAAACCUCCACCCAAUCCCCAAAAGUGACAGAUGCUUCACUUGUGAUGUCAAGCGCUUGUGUCAGAGGUCAAUUGAUUCAUUUGUCCACAGCUGUCCUACAAUCAAGAGAUUGUGGUGUUUGGGGGGAUAGAAGGUUUGGGGAGGGGGGCUUGUAAAGGUUGCUUGGGGAGUGUGAGUUUUGAGUGGUCAGAUCAUGGUCAAAUGUGUGGGUGGUGGCAUAGUAGAAGGUGUGGUUCAUUUGGUCAACCCAUAUUAAAUCAUCAAGCCUCUCAGCACUCAGACAUCCUUGAAAACCACAUCUGCGCUAGAGGGGUUAAGCAUGAAGAAACCCACACACACACACACUAUAUACCUUAUCCCGUCAUCCCUCCAUCUCUACACACACACACACAUACACACACACACACACACACACACACACACACACACACUCCUACUCACUGAAAGACACUCAAAACGGGCUGAGAAGGAAAUUGAAUUGUACAUGUUUUAUUAUUUGAGCGGUGCAGUGCUUUAGCCAGGCCCCGUCCUCUGUAAUGGUGUAAUGUAUAUUUCAUUACAGCCUAAUGGGCUCCAUUAGCACAGUCUCCUCACAGACAUUCAAGACUUAUUGUUUUAUGGCUGAGAAGGAAGGAUGGAGGGAAGGAGAGGAUAGGAGAAGUGAAGUAGAAGAAAACAGUGAGGAGUAGUGAUGACGAGGAACACAAGCAGAGGUAAUAAUGCAUAUUGGAAAGAAAUGGAGAGGAAGACAUCAGAAUAGAAGCAAUGAGGUAGGAAGGAAGAGAUUGUAAAGGUAGGAAUGGGUCUUAUGGAGAAAGAUGAUGGAGAGGAUAGCGGAGUCAGGCGGAAAGAGAGGUGUGAAUGUCCUCUGGGAGAAAGUGAGUGUGACCAUCCAUCAUCACUGUGGCCAGCAGAUGUUCUCUAAGCCACAACUUCAACUUCAUGUUCCCAUCACAUUCCUAUGGCUGCCCUCAACCACAUACACUACACAGACACACACACACUCUCCACUUGCAUUUUACUGGCAGCCCAGCAACUAUUCAAACUGAAAAUAAACUCAAUAAUGUACCACACAUCCCCAUUACUGAGAACCACCUCACUCACUUACAGCACAGCUCUUGCUUACAGACAUACUGUAUAUACAGAUCACAUGCAUGCAGGAAAACACAGUUAAAGUUUGGUUUUGCAUUUUGCUGGUGCAUACUUUACUAAUUACAGAAUUAUGAAAAAGUCAUUAUCACUUCAGUAUCACUAACUGCCAUUUUAACAAGAUGUAAAACAUCGAUCUGGAUUUUUUAGGUCUUAUUUGUUUAUUAACAACAGCAUUUGCUGGUAUUGAUGUUUGUGAAUUUGAAAAUGUUGAUUUUAUUGAUUUACGGUACUAUCGUUUAUAAAUUUAAGAGCAUUUUGUACAUUUAUUUCUAUAUUUAAAGUUGCCUUUUGCAACAACAUAAUGAAAUGAGAAUGAACACUGGUUUUGUUGAUUCUGUUUUUGCAAAUAUGUAAGAUAAUCUUGAGUCUAUAUGUAUUUUUAUGUCAUGCUCCCACCUAACAGCUACCAAGCCUGUCCUCAUGUAUAGUGUGCUCUACGGUAGGGAUGGAUAUCUCACCACUCUGUCACAUUUGUAAGUUAAAUUUGGCAUAUUGUAAAAAAGUCACCUGUGUAAGUACGGGACUGCAACGUUGACAGUGUGUCCCAACGAGGUCCUAUAAAUUCCUCCCUGCUGUACAAUUAAGUAGAGCUUGCACUGAGUGAGCGUAGUCAAACAUGUUUCACAAAACUUGCCUCACAAUAUCUCUGUGCAAUAACAGAGGACAGGGUGAAUGAGCUGGAAAAAACUGUGAGAAAAAAACACAGUGCGUACGAACACCUCUGAUGUCAAAAGAGUAGCGUACGUCAAAGCAGCUUCCCAGCUGGCGGCAAUGUCUGUGCGUACCUGCUGUGUUUCCUUUUUUUUUUUCUUUUCUUUUUUUAAAUAAUUUUCUUUAAAUAACAAACUGUGUUAAGUUGGGCAGUGGUGAUGUUUUUGACGGUUGUGGUACAAAAAAAAUGAGAGAGGGAUGUUCGUCACCGUGAUCAGCCAUCACAAAUCGGCUGUUUUCGCUUCAAUGCCUCUGAUCAAAGAUGCUGGUCAAAGAUGCAAAGGAAAAAAGGAAAAACAACAUCUGCUGUGUGACUGGACACCUCAGACAAGGAGGGACUGACAAUCACAGACUUCUCUCUUUCUCUCUCUUUAUCAAGUGACCUACUGUAUAAUAGACUAUUCAACCAACUUUCCUCUUCUAUGCUGCAUAUACUGUAUGUGAUAGUCUUAAACUCUGGUCUUUAGAAGUGCUACUUUUACUUUCUUCUUUUCUAUAAUUAAAUAACAGCAAGAGGAAUGAACAAAAAUACAUGUAAAAAAAUGUGAAUAAGCUGCUGGAAGAAAUAAGCAUUGUUAACCGCUGUGUCCAAGAUGGUGUCAGUUUCUAGAUAGGACUAAUUUCUUCUUUCAUCGGAGGGCUGAGACAGAAAGCUUUGUGGGAUUCAGUGAAUACACAAAACGACAUACAGCAGCCCUCCCCGGGAUGCUAAGUGAUGUUUGCUUAUCCUGUCGGGGCGGUGUUUGUGUGUGUGUGUGCGUGUGCAAAAGCCUGAUUGAUACUAGUUUGAGUCAGGGGGGAUCUGUAGGCUGCGUUUAGACUUUAGCCAAGCUCAAAUGCUGUGAGAUUCAACACUACAAUCAGCAACCGAUUUGUUGUUGCUGCUUACCAAUACAAGAUGAAUGACUUUAUCCAGUCGUGCAAGACUGCGGUGAGUUUUAUGGCAGCUAAAAUUUAUGAAUUUAAUUAGCUUCUUUAUUUACCACUCCAAAAUCAGCAUUCUUCUCCACACACAGGCAUAUCAGCAAUAUGAUCAGAUAUUUCCCUGCUGCCUUCCUUUAAUGAAGCUUGGGUUAAAACAUGUGGCCGGUGGACUGAAACAUGUUCCACAUACAGUAGAUAUACAUCACACCUCUCAGUGUGUUAUGAUCCGUAUCACAUUUAACCUCCCCCCUUUCUCAAAACUUAAACAUCUGUCUGAGUUACGAACUGAAAUAUAUCAAAGGUCAUCUGUGAGAUUACUUUUGUGCUUGGAUACUUCUGGAGCCCCAAUGCCUUGAUGAAUGAUAAUAAUAUUUUUUAAAAACAUUCUUUUCUGAAAGAAAAAGGACAAAUGAAACUGAUUUGUUUUUCACAGUGUCUCUUUGUGGUAUUUGUCUUUUUGAUUUUGAAGAUUUCACCGCUCACAUGGUGUCAGAAUAAAAAGAGAAAUUUGGAUAUUUUGUGGAUAUUUGGUUUAUUGGCAAAUAUACUAUGUUAAGGAUGAAAGAGAUGUUAAAAUAUGAAAAAUCCUAAUGAAAUCUUUAGAAACAUCUGUAUUUCAAAGCACACAAAGUAAUGAAAAGAUGAAGACAUUUUAAUGAUGCAACUAAUGUUUGUCUUUGCAGGGGGUCGGUAAACAGUAAAAGUUUUAACACCAUUCAUCUGUGCUUUGCUGGUGAACACAUAAACACACACACAAACAUGUGCCCAAGAGGAAUUGUACAGUCAUGAACUGGCGUGGUGGAAAUAGUCAUAGUGAGUCAUGAUGGUAAUGAGGAUGAUCAUGUGACUUUUCUCUGAAGGUGGACCAGUCUGUUGUGAUACAAUGUAAUUAAUAAAAAGUGUUAUGUCAAA